GCAGCGGCGGCGCGGAGAGCUGGGACCCGGAGCCCAGAGCUGGGCAGCGGGAGAGGAGCAGCCGCAGGAACUGCAGCUCUGCCAGCUUGGGCUGAGCCUAGAGAUACCGGCCUGGCUGGUCCACGCCAGCCGCAGACAGAGGCUGAGCAUGGAGCUGUCCCCUUGCAGCCCUCCCGAGAUGCUGGAGUCGGAUUGCCCGUCACCCCUGGAGCUGAAGUCAGCCCCCAGCAAGAAGAUGUGGAUCAAGCUUCGGUCUCUGCUACGCUACAUGGUGAAGCAGUUGGAGAAUGGGGAGGUCAACAUUGAGGAGCUGAAGAAAAACCUGGAGUACACAGCGUCCCUGCUGGAGGCCGUCUACAUAGACGAGACGCGGCAAAUCUUGGAAACGGAGGAUGAGCUUCAGGAGCUGCGGUCAGACGCUGUGCCUUCCGAGGUGCGGGACUGGCUGGCCUCCACCUUCACCCAGCAGACCCGAGCCAAAGGCCGCCGAGCGGAGGAGAAGCCCAAGUUCCGCAGCAUCGUGCACGCCGUGCAGGCUGGGAUCUUCGUGGAGCGGAUGUUCCGGAGAACGUACACCUCCGUGGGCCCCUCCUAUUCCACUGCGGUCCUCAACUGUCUCAAGAACCUGGACCUCUGGUGCUUUGAUGUCUUUUCCUUGAACCGGGCAGCCGAUGACCACGCUCUGAGGACCAUUGCAUUUGAGUUGCUGACGCGGCAUAACCUCAUCAGCCGCUUUAAGAUUCCCACUGUGUUUUUGAUGACUUUCCUGGAUGCUUUGGAGACAGGCUAUGGGAAAUACAAGAACCCUUACCACAACCAGAUCCACGCAGCUGACGUUACUCAGACAGUCCACUGCUUCUUGCUCCGCACAGGGAUGGUGCACUGCCUGUCAGAGAUUGAAGUCUUGGCCAUCAUCUUUGCAGCAGCCAUCCAUGACUAUGAGCACACAGGCACUACCAACAGCUUCCACAUCCAGACUAAGUCAGAAUGUGCCAUCCUGUACAAUGACCGCUCAGUGCUGGAGAAUCACCACAUCAGCUCUGUCUUCCGAAUGAUGCAGGACGACGAGAUGAACAUUUUCAUCAACCUCACCAAGGAUGAGUUUGUGGAGCUGCGGGCCCUGGUCAUCGAGAUGGUCUUGGCCACAGACAUGUCUUGCCAUUUCCAGCAAGUGAAGUCCAUGAAGACAGCCUUGCAGCAGCUGGAGAGGAUUGACAAGUCCAAGGCCCUGUCUCUACUGCUCCAUGCUGCAGACAUCAGCCAUCCGACCAAGCAGUGGUCAGUUCACAGCCGCUGGACCAAGGCUCUCAUGGAGGAAUUCUUUCGCCAGGGUGACAAGGAGGCAGAGCUGGGUCUGCCCUUCUCUCCGCUGUGUGACCGCACUUCCACUCUCGUGGCACAGUCCCAGAUUGGUGAGUAUCCUUUCUCGCAGGGAGGAGAGGAUUGCGAAGCGGAAAGAAUGCUGCGUGGGGCCUGGGCCAGGACUUCCCCACGUCCCCAACCUCAAAGCCAUUCUUCCCAUAGAGGCAAGCCUGCUUUGGGGGGGGGUGCUGCUUCUAGUUUUCAGUGGCGCCAGCCUUCUCUGGAUGUGGAAGUAGGAGACCCUAACCCUGAUGUGAUCAGCUUCCGCUCCACCUGGACCAAAUACAUUCAGGAGAACAAGCAGAAAUGGAAGGAACAGGCAGCAAGUGGCAUCACCAACCAGAUGUCCAUUGACGAGCUGUCCCCCUGUGAGGAGGAGGCCCCGCCCUCCCCUGCCCAAGAUGAACACAACCAGAAUGGGAAUCUGGACUAGCCUGGGGCUGGCCCAGGUCCUCAUUGAGUCCCAGUGUUAGAUGUCAUCAGCACCAUCCAUCGGGACUAGCUCCCCCAUCUGCUCCAAGGGAGCAUGAAGGUCGAGGAAGAGACAACCCACCCGAAGGCCAAAUGCCAGAGAAUGUGGGGUUGGGGAAGGGCCCCUCCCCACCCGACACCCACUGGGCCAUACUUUAAUCUCCCGGCAGCAAGACUGGGGAACUUCAGGCUCCCAAUGGUCACUGUGCCCAUCCCCCUGCCUCUGGACUCCCCCGUGGCCAGAUGGAUGUCUGGGGAAGGGGAGCUUCCUGCAGGCUCCCCAGGGUUUGGGGGGAGGGUCAGAGAUGCCAGCCCCCUGGACCCUCCCCCAUCCUUUUUGCCUCCAAGUUUCUAAGCAAUAAAUUUUGGGGGUUCCCUCAGCCCCCACCCCAGAUCUUAGCUGGAAGGUCUGGGUCCCCUUUUCCUACCCUGGGAGGGGCUGGAACAGGAGAGAAAGCUGGGGGGUUUCAGAGCCCUAUGCGUGGGGAGGGGAGUGGGCUUCUUCAGGGCAUGGUAUCAUUUCAGGGCCUGGGAAUGGGGGGUGAGCAGCCUCUUUACCCCAGACCUGCACUGCUUCAGCCCCAUCCCCAGCUCGACCCCUUACUUCUUCCCUCCUCCCAUUCGUCAUGGCAACUGGAGAAGAGGACCAGGGGCUGAGAGCAGGUCUUUCCUGGGGUCCUUAAGAGCUUGGGACUGGUCUGGGCCUGGGACAUGGAACCUGCCCUGGCUGAUGCCUGAGCCCUUUGCCUCCUUCCUCUCCCCUGGGCUGGAGGCUCCCAUCCGACCAAUGUCUGUAACGUGCUUUGAGUCUCCUCAGCAAAGCACCUUCAGGAUGCAUCUUACGAGCACAGGCAGGAGAGACCAGCUGGGUCAGGGUCAAGGGUGCAUGAUGGGGGUGAGGUAUAACCCAGUAAUACUGUGUUACCACCAGAGGAUCCCUCCCCUUCUCCAUUCCAGCACUGGCCCAGCUGCGGGCACCAAGAGGCCCCUCCUCUGUGACAGUGGGGAGGGGUGGGAGGAAGGCAGAUGGGGAGGGGCUCAGGGUACUGCUGUAAUGCCCUCUGAAGAGAGCCCCCCAGGCCCCCUGUCCCUUCCUCUCCUCAGGUUCCUCUCACCCCACCUUGUCCCAGGAAAGGCCCAAGUCCAGGUGACUGCCCUUCUUUCUCGUAAAUAUCAAUCAUGCAUCUGUACAGUGGGCCCUGUUCAUGUGAAGUCCAUAUCCAUGGUCUCUUAGACCUGCCACCCUGCCACCUGUCCCCCCUACCCCACCCCAAGUAGGGCAGAAACGCAUGUGACUCAUCCCUGCCCUCGGUCUCCCAGAACCCUGCUAUAUAGUCAGAGAUCAAUAAAGAAGGGAGACCAGG